GGAAGCCGGUAGCGGGGAUUUCGACAGGGGAGAAAGGGCGACCGCAGAACUGGGACUUUCUCAGAGCGCCGGGGCCCUAGGAACGCUAGCAGCCCGCCGCUCCCACCCUCCUCACGUCUGACCGGCUCUGCUGACAGACCGUGACUUGUUGGAUGAGCAGACACCUCUGGAAGAAUCAGCUGUGUGAGAUGGUACAGCCCAGUGGUGGCCCAGCAGGAGACCAGGACGUGCUGUGUGAAGAGUCUUCUCUGGGGAAGCCAGCCAUGUUGCAUCUGCCUUCAGAGCAGGGCAGUUCUGAAACCCUCCAGCGCUGUCUGGAGGAGAAUCAAGAGCUCCGAGAUGCCAUCCGGCAGAGCAACCAGAUGCUGCGAGAGCGCUGUGAGGAGCUGUUGCAUUUCCAAGUCAGCCAGAGGGAGGAGAAGGAGUUCCUCAUGGACAAAUUCCAGGAGGCCAAGAAACUGGUGGAGAGACUCAGCCUGGAGAAGCUCGACCUGAGGAGGCAGAGGGAGCAGGCCCUGCAGGAGGUGGAGCACCUGAAGAGAUGCCAGCAGAUGGCUGAAGACAAGGCUUCUGUGAAAGCUCAGGUGACAUCCUUGCUGGGGGAGCUCCAAGAGAGCCAGAGUUGCCUGGAGGCCGCCACUAAGGAACGGCAGGCUUUGGAGGGCAGGGCCCGGGCAGCCAGCGAGCAGGCCAGGCAGCUGGAGAGUGAGUGUGAGGCGCUGCAGCAGCAGCACAGCGUGCAGGUGGACCAGCUGCGCAUGCAGAACCAGAGCGUGGAGGCCGCGCUGCGCAUGGAGCGCCAGGCUGCCUCAGAGGAGAAGCGGAAGCUGGCCCAGUUGCAGGUGGCCUAUCACCAGCUUUUCCAAGAGUAUGACAACCACAUCAAGAGCAGCGGGGUGAGCAGCGAGCGAAAGCGAGGAAUACAGCUGGAAGAUCUCAAGCAGCGGCUCCAGCAGGCCGAAGAGGCCCUGGUGGCCAAACAGGAAGUGAUCGACAAGCUGAAGGAAGAGGCCGAGCAGCACAAGAUUGUGAUGGAGACUGUUCCAGUCCUGAAGGCCCAGGCGGAUAUCUACAAGGCGGACUUCCAGGCUGAGAGGCAGGCCCGGGAGAAGCUGGCUGAAAAGAAGGAGCUUCUGCAGGAGCAGCUGGAGCAGCUGCAGCGGGAGUACUCCAAGUUGAAGGCCAGCUGUCAGGAGUCGGCCAGGAUUGAGGAUAUGAGGAAGCGGCACAUAGAGGUCUCCCAGGCCCCGUUGCCCCCCGCGCCAGCCCACUCCUUUCACCUGGCCCUGCCCAGCCAGAGGAGAAGCCCCCCUGAGGAGCCGCCCGACUUCUGCUGUCCCAAGUGCCAGUAUCAGGCUCCCGAUAUGGACACCCUGCAGAUACAUGUCAUGGAGUGCAUUGAGUAGGGCUAGCGAGCACAAGGCCACCUGCAGAUGACACACCCAGGACCAUGCAGUCUCUGCUUUCCUCUCCACCUGCCUAGUCUAGGAUUAAGGGCUAGGUGACAAAGAGUGGGCCAUUGCUUCACACCCUAGGAGCUGGCUGCAGGGCUAUAUGCUUUAGCCCUGUUGGCCUGCUGAGCCACCUCUUUUAGGUUGGGCCUGAUGCUCUGCUCUUUUUGUUCCAUUCUGUCUGCUUGAGCCACUUGCCUCCGGGGGCUAAUCCCUCCCUGUCCUUCCACUCGCCACCCAGGAAGUGAAGAAUGGAGGUCAGGGGCUCUUGGGGAGAGCUGCGCCCCCACGCAGAGCUGGGCAGCAGCUCUUUUUCCCACCGGCUGCUGCCUCACCCUUUCCUGUGCUGCAGGCGUGCCGUGCUCUUACCGCGCACACCACUGCGCUCCUCUUGGGCAGUGUGCUGUUCCAUUUUGUGGCCAUACCAUGGCGCAUUUAACUAGUCCCAAUUGAUGGACAUUUGGAUUGUUUUCAGUCUUUUUGCUAUCAUAAAUAAUGGUGCAGUGAAAAUCCUUGUGCAUUAAUCAUGUGUAUUUUUGGGAUAUUCUUAGAAGUGGCACUGCUAAGUGUGUGUGAUGUCUGGGGUGGGUGAUGCCUGGAGCUUGGUUUCUUGCCCCUGUCCCCCUGGUUCCCAUAGCCUUGCCAAGGAGGGGGUGGGCAAGCCUUGGAUUUUUACCAUCCACAAGGUAUGCAGUUCUGCUAUUAAGAGCGAGCUUAGGCUGGGCGCGGUGGCUCACACCUGUAAUCCUA